AUGCGCGCGGGAAGGAGAAGAAGGAAAAGGUCCGCUCCCGCUCGAUUCUUGCCUUCCAGGUCGCAGAUAGCCGCUCGGCCACUCCCGCUCGUCCUCUCCUCCUGCGACGGCGCGCCGGAGGGAAGCUCCACCCGCCGGUCGCCCUGCUCCCCGCGACCCCGCCUGGAGGCUUGUCCCGGCCGGCCUCCUCUGCCCCGCCUGGAACCUGCUGCCCUGCCUGGAAGCUGCCGCCGGUCUCCUCACCCAGCCGACAGCCUCAUCCCUAAGCGGCGCAGCGCAGCACCAAGGAUGUCUACAACAGAGGGUGCACUAGGUGAGGGAGAAAAUAGUGAGUCAGCGAAUCUCCUGAAAUGGAAUUCGGAUGAUGUUGGAUGGGAGUAUGGUGUUCUUGUUGAUCCUAACAACAAGGACAAGGUGAAGUGCAAGCUUUUGCAGGCCAUGGAGGCUAAACAGAAGUGCAAGAAAGCACUAGAUGAGGCAAAAAGAAAGAGGGAGGAGAAGACUAUUCGUGAGCUAGAACUUAGAGAGGAAGUUAGUGUAUCUAGGGUUGGAGAGUCAGAUGAAGUUACAUGUGUUGGAAGUUCAGAGCCCCACAAAUUAGGACCCAUUGACAAAUGGACACGUGCCAUUGAUCCUAAAGCUACCAAGUCUGAUUCUUUGAAGCAACAACAGCUGAACAAGGAACUUUGGAAAGAAAGAACCAAUGAGGUGCAUAAGUACAUUGCAAGAUGGGCCUAUACAUGUCAAGUCAUGUCAUGGACGGACGCAUAUAUGCUGACACGCCAUGACACGCCGCCAUGA